GGGGCCGCGCCGCAGCCUCGGCCGGGAGCGCCGUGCUCCGCCGCUGGGCGCUGCCGCCGCCGGGCCGGCACCGGGAGGAGCUGAGGGGCCGGGGCUGGGACCGGGAGGAGACAUUCCAGCAGCUGCGCGUCUUCCGCUCCUGGGCUUUUUUUCCGCUACGAAUCUCUGCGAAAACAAGUUAUGUCCACGGCUACUCUGAUUACCUUGGUACGGAACGGGGGGUUCCAAGUGAGAAGGCGAGCCGCGCUCACGUCCCGCUUGCUGCAGGACGAGAAGCGCCCCGCCGCCGCCUGCUCCAUCUCCACCUGCGAGCGCCGCGCCUCCCGCUUCGACCCCGACGGGAGCGGCCGGCCCACCACAUGGGACACCUUCGGCAUCUGGGACAACCGCAUCGAUGAGCCCAUCCUCCUCCCGCCCAGCAUCAAGUACGGCAAGCCGAUCCCAAAGGUGAGCCUGAGCAACGUGGGCUGCGCCAGCCACAUCGGGAAGCGAAAGGAGAACGAGGAUCGGUUCGAUUACGCGCAGCUGACGGAGGAUGUCCUGUACUUCGCGGUGUACGAUGGGCACGGCGGGGCGGCAGCUGCAGACUUCUGUGAUAAGUACAUGGAAAAAUAUAUUAAGGAAUUUCUUGCUGAGGAGGAGAACUUGGAAAAUGUUUUGACUAAAGCUUUUCUAGAAAUAAACAAAGCAUAUGAAAGGCAUGCUAAUCUCUCUGCUGAUGCAACUCUGCUGAACUCUGGGACCACUGCAACAGUGGCUCUGCUCCGGGAUGGAAUUGAGCUGGUUGUGGCGAGCGUGGGAGACAGUCGUGCUCUGCUGUGCCGGAAGGGAAAGGCUGUGAAACUCACCACUGACCAUACUCCAGAGAGAAAGGACGAGAAGGAAAGGAUUAAGAAGUGUGGCGGCUUCGUUUCCUGGAACAGUUUGGGACAGCCUCAUGUGAACGGUAGACUUGCAAUGACACGGAGCAUAGGAGAUUUGGAUCUUAAAAACAGUGGUGUGAUAGCCCAGCCAGAAACAAAAAGGGUUCAGCUGCACCAUGCACAUGACAGCUUCCUGGUGCUGACCACCGAUGGCGUCAACUUCAUAGUGAACAGCCAGGAGAUCUGCGACUCCAUCAGCCAGUGCCACGACCCUGCUGAGGCUGCCCAUGUGGUCACUGAGCAGGCAGCGCAGUUUGGCUCUGAAGACAACAGCACCGUGAUCAUUGUGCCAUUCGGAGCCUGGGGCAAGUACAAGAAUGGGGAGAUCACCUUCUCCUUCAGCCGCAGCUUCGCUUCCAGCGGGAGGUGGGCGUGAAGACAACGCCACAGCUGUCCUUUGCUGCCGUCACCUGGCCACAGCGUGCUACAGGAGAACACCUCCAUCUGUUCCUAGGCUGACCCAGUGUCUUGUCCAUCUCUUCUGUUCCCAGUGCUAGAAGGUGCCACUGCUCCUUGGUGCGUAGUGCCCGUUGUUGCUUACGGCUGACCGUGUUUGCUGCCCGCGUUAUUCCAGGCGGCAGCGGGGCAGCGCCCUGGGCUUGUAGCCCCAGCAGCUCCACACAUCACUUUGUUGACACAGAUGAGGUUCUGGGCUUUCACCUGAGGCAGGAGGGGGUGCACAGUCAUUUCAUGCCUCAGUUCCCUGGCAGCUGUGAGUGCCUGAGCCACAUGCUGGCUUCCUUGUCCGGUAAAACACAGGGGAGCAAACGCACAAUGUUCUUAGGUAGACAGAAAGAUGGUUUGUUGUCUUUUCUGCUGCAGCCACCCAGAACUCCCCUGUGCUCCAGGAGAAGUGGGUGAAAAAUGGAGGAGAAGUUUCAGAAUGUUUAGGUUCUGAUGCCAGUGGCAUUUGGUGUAGCUGUACAAGUUCCUGAGACAGUGCUGCUUUAUGCUCCCACUGCCAUCAUCUGUGAUUCUCUAGCUCCAAGGAGACAGACCAGGCUGGAGCCACGUGCUGUUGGACAGAUGGGAACCUUUCUCCAUUGGGUCCAAAGCCUGUGCAGUCUCUGUGGACCAUGCAGCAGCCCCUUGCACUGUCUUCUCUUUGCUGUCAGUGCCUGACAGAAGCACAGAGGAGGGAAAAUGACGCACAGUUUUGAUAUUCAGAGACUCUCAUCAACUUGAAUUUCUUUUUUUUUUUAAUAAAGAAAAUAAGCUAAUUUCAAAGAGUUUACUCUUCAA